GGCAAUGCAAUUAGCAUUAAUGUGGACCACAGCUUUUAAAAUUAAGAAAGAAUGCACAAACUUACCUUUGAAAUCUAUUCAACUCAAUAGUUUUUUUGUGAUUAAUAGACUGAAAUUUAAGUCAUUAUUCACUGAUAAUAUUCCUCUCCAAUGAACUGAACAAGUCAGUGAGUUUAAUGCAUUUCAAACUAGUUUUGUAAACCAGAUUAGCAAAUUAAUUGCAAAGAUAAUGGAAAGAAUGAUUUGUUCUAGUGACAUGUGCCAGACUUCUUCAAUCAUUUAGUCCACUUAAACCCUACUGAUGGAUAGAAGUCCAAGGUAUAUAUAUAUUUUUUUCUUUUUCUGUAUAAAUCGUUUCACUCUGAAGCUACUUCUGUUUCAUAGCAACUUUUUAUAUUUGUCAUAUAGUUUCAGUAGACCUUGAAUGUAGCACGCAAGUUGUGUGGACCAUGUUCAUGAUAGUAUAAUUGUCUAUUUGUGUCAGUUUUGGAGCUUGGAAGCCUCAAUAGCCUUGUAAUUGUAUGAAAAGAAUGGCCAGUACAUUCUUUAAUAUUUUUCCUUCUGUGUUCCAUGAAAGUCAAUCAGUCAUAUGGAAUGAGAAUGAGUAAAAUUCAUUUUUGAGUGAACUAAUCCUUUAAAAAGCCUGAAAGUAUUUGAUUCUUUUGGUCUUUUGAGUUGCCCUCUCUGAAGAAAACAAGCAGAAAAAAACCAACCACAGCCAUCUGCCAGUGCUGCAAGAGCUAGUUACUGUGGCAACAAGUAAAAAGUCAUCAUCUCUAAUUGACACCAUGGUAGGUUCAGGUGUCUCAUAGUUUGCUUUCACUCUCUAGAGAGUGAGUCAGAUGUCUUGUGCUUGCCUAACAUUUGGGUUUUUUCUCUUAACCUUCUACUCAGACUCUCAUCCUCUGCCUUAAGUUGUUUGUUAGUUUUGAAUGAUUUGUUCUGUCCCUCUCUUUCACACUGGGAACUUCGACCCUAUGUUUUCCACCGUGUAAUUAACCAGAAGGGGAAAGUGCGCCAUCAUCAACUGCUUCAGGUGCUAGCAGCAUGUCUGGGCAUAUAUGAGAUUUUUACAACACUCUGUUAAGUGAAUGUGGCCCAUUAGUGAACUGCUGCUGCUACCAAGCCCUGGUAACUCCCUGUCAGAUCAUUGUAUUCUUCUUCUGUAAAGUCCUUCUUUAUCUUUCUCUCUCACUUUGUCUUGUUGGUUCAUGUCUGUUGUAUCAGGACUGGAAUUUGUAUAUUUAUUACUCUGGCAUUACAAUGUAGAUUACCUGAAGGCUUCUCUCUCUGAUUAUCAGCAGAACUGUCAACUGACAGGAAGUACUAAAACUAUGGCAUGAAAAUGUGGCACACAGGCCCAUGUCAGGCAGGAAAAGAAUAAGAAAACUUGAAAAAAUGAAAUUCUGCUUUCAUUUACAGUCCUAGUCUUUUCAAACCAGUAUGAAAAUUCAUAGCAUUGACAUAGUUUAUUCAUUCAUACAGAUUAUAUUUGAGUCGCUCCUAUUAACUGUUGUAUGCGACUCACACCUGUUAUGAAAUAUAGUUGUAAAUCCCAAACCCUGACUGUGAAUGUAGCCAAUGAAAUGUAGGAUUUCACACUUGAAGCUCUCACACAGCGAUCUUGUCAUUUGUUUUAAUUGGUGUCAUAAUCCAGCAGUGCAAGAGCAUAUUUCUUGCCUGCAUCAAAGAAGAAAGUGUUUUAAUGUUAUAGACUCAUAUAAAGAGACCAAACUGGUUAGUCCGGGUGUAUGUGUGUUCACUGCUGUGUGUGUGCAUUUUAGAUGGGUUAAAUGCAGAGCAUGAAUUCUGAGUAUAUGUCACCAUACUUGGCUGUAUGUCACGUUACUUCACUUAAUGUGUGUGUGUGUGUGUAUCAGAGACUUUGACACUCUCUAUCAUUGCAAGUCCAGAUGGUACAUUAUAAGUGUAGUGUGGAACCAUCUGUUUGAAAGAGAGUAACCCUGCUGUGCUGGUGUCCCAUAGGUUAUGGUGUUUGCAUAUAACACACACAUACUAUAUAUCAUUACACAUAAAACAACAGGGAUCCCAAGAUUGUGGAAAACCUAAAAAUAUCAGGAAGUUUCAAGGCCUGGAAAAGUCAUGGAUUAAUUAUUGUUUAAUGUUAGAAGUCAUGAAACAGCUUAGGCUAUUCUUUAGACUGUUCUUUUCGAUGAAUUAGUCAAACCAGUUCACAAAUUGCGCUGAAUGAUUCAUUAGCGAAUCACUCUCAAAUGGAAUGAUUCCAAAAAUCCUGUGUUCAUAAAAAGCUAAAAAGUUCACGGAGAAGUCAUGAAAAUUCAUUAGUCAAAAAAUAUGGAAUCUCUAUUCCAGGCUCCUACAAUAUGUAUUCAAGUUCAACAGAGAUUUUACCUAUUCUCUAGUUACACAACAUUGGAUUUUUAAACAAAGCUAGUUUCCCUCAAGCAAAGUGUCUGUCUUUGGUUCAUGGUUUGAAAUUGACCUAAGGACUCUCGAGGCUUGGCCGACCCUCUUUGUACCUCCAGCCUUCAACACCUGUGCCUUACUACAAUUAACCUGCCAAUUAGCCUGUAAAUCUCUGCUGUUAGUAGGAUAGAUUGGCAGCUGGGAAGGGAGUGUUGGGCCCAGAAGGAAGGAGACAUUGUGUAAUUAUAAUUGCCUCUUUGUUUGGUAGCGUUGUGUACAUUUGCACCUGACUGUUUAUGCAAGGGUGUUAAGGGUGUGUUUGUCACAUUUUAGUGUUUGAAUGUAUACAUUUUGACUUUAGUGUUAUUAGGUUGUGGUAUUAAUUUUAGCCCCCUGUAAGGUCUCUUCCUUAACCGAUGGUUGACUGUAGCUUAGGUUAUCCAAUGCUGCUCUUAGAGGGUCAUCACUUAAGCUGCAACCUGCUUACACACACUGUUGCAAGUUUCUAGUAAUCCUGAAGACCUUGAUUAGCUGGUUCUGGUAUGUUUCAUAAAGGUAUGUUAAAGAUUCUGCAGAUUGUUUAAGCCUGGCCUUAAUGAUGCAUUCACACUGCCAUCAGUGACAAAAGUGACCAUUAACUUUAUUUGCUAUACAAUAUUUUGAUCAAACACAGUUGAGUUAUAACAACUACUAGCAACCAAGAGUAGAGUGACUUGGUGACCUUGAGCAAUUGAAUUGUCUAAAUCACUUUAAGGACACUUAAACUCUAGAGUUUAAAAGAAUGCUGCAAGUGGUGCACUGGAUUUAAAAUACUUCAUUUCAAAUUGGUGCAUUAGAAGGUCAUAAACUCCUCCAGAAGACACUUCUUUAAUAAAUCCAUUGGCUCUAGAUUUCCAACAUACUCACCUUUCCGCAAACCUUCCCUCAUGCCUUCAAAACGGAUCAUAACAACAGAAAUAUGCAUCUUUAUUUAUCAACCACACUGUCAACAUGUAUGCCUCCUUUUCCUACAGAUUUAGACAAAGUUUUCAUAUUCCUGCCCAUGCUCUUGAGUGAGGGAAGCCACAGAAAUAUAGCCAACACAAGAGAAGCAGCCCCCAAACGACAUUCUCCAUUCUAUACACCUGCUACAGCUGUGGUCUUGCCAGAGUUUUUUGGCCUCGUGUCAACGGUCCUAAGGUAGGAAGAGUAGGCACAUGUUGAGAAGAGUAACUCCAGAAGAGUAGAGUUGAAUGAAGGUCAUCUGUCUUUGCAAAGGCUGUGCAGUUGUUUGGAUUGUGAUGUUUGGCGUGGGCUGCUGUGUUGGUGUGUGGCUGAAAAGAGGGAGCCCCUAUCACUGUCAGACCUGCCACCAUGCCUGCUGGUGUGAGCAAUUAAUAGCUGUCAUCACGCAUGGCUCCCUGAUGAGAAAUAUUUAGAGUCUUUAUUGUGAGAGUCAUGGUGUUAGAAGUGAGUUACAGCAGCUAACCUUAACUAUUGCUAGUCGCCCUACACUUUUUCCUCUAAACAGAUAAUUUUUUCUGUUUUGUUUUCCUUUUUCUCUUCAGUCCUCCAUUUAUGACACACACCCUCUCUUUUCCUUCUCCCUAUUUACUAAACAAGACCGCCGUUCCAAGUUUCAGGCUGUGAAAAGUGUGUGUGUGUGUGUCGAGAGCAAAGGAGAAAGCUGUCCAGCAGAUCGGUCAUGAUCAAAAUCUGGCUUCACUGAGAAAUCCUCUCCUUGCCCUGGGCAACAGUAGCUUCUAGCAUGAGGAAGCUAAACUCUGCAACCAAAAGGUCGUUUUUAAAGUGACGCAGAGGAGGAUGAUAUUUGCAGUGGUUAAACAAGUCAAUAACGGAUUUUAACAGCGAAAUCGGGCAGUGUGUAAGGAUCUAGGUCAGGGGCUUUAUGGUUGCAAUGGUCUCUUUUUUGUGUGUGUAUGCGUGUGUGGUUAACUGCAUUAUAUCAUGCCUGAAGAGCCAGCCAUCCUGGAAAUAUGAAGAAGCAGAGAGUGCCAUGUUAAUCCAGAGUAAUCCGUUGUACUUUGCAUGCAAACCAUUGCUGGCCAUGGUGAGAUUAUAAUCUCGGAGUAGUGGCCUUGCAGUUUAUGGUGAUCUUUGAGUCAUGGGUUUUUCUGCAUUUUUUUUUUUUUUUUACUACAGUAGUGGUCAACAUGACAAGUACAGAUGCAAGGGUGAACUGCCACUUUCAUUAAUCAACCAAGCUGGGACAGUAUAGCCAAAGGGUUUUCAAAUCGGGUGUGUCCACUACUGGAAACAUCCAAAAUGUGCAGUGCUUAGGAGCAUCUAAGUUGGAAAUUUCUUGGUAUUUACCAGGAGUAGCCAACCCUGCUUUUUGGAGGGCUACCUUCCUGCAGACUUCAUUUCCAACCCUCUUCCAACACACUUGGCUAUUCUUUUCAAGAAAUCCUGAAGACCUUGAUUAGCUGGUUCGGGAGUGUUUUAGUUGGUGUUAUAAUUAAACUCUCCAGGAUGGUAGCCCUUCAGGAGCAGUAUUGGGCACCCCGGUUUAAACAUUCUUACUAUGAUCAAAUAUGAAAUUGUUCGUUGGGUGUAUCAGUGUAAGUAAUGCCCUGUGUAUGUGAUUGAAGCUAGUACUGUACAUUCACUUUUGAGGGGAUUUAUAUGUAACAGAAGGUUUUUUUUUAUUGUUUUGUUUUUUUGACAUCUUGGUCAGUGCACAUUUUAUCCCUAUUGGAUUACCCAUUUUAGAGCAGCAGAGCAACACAUUUACUCUAGCCUCUCAGUUCCGAAUACAGAGAAUAUGGUCUCUCCCCUCCCUGGCCAUUCUAGCUGAAUAUUUUAUACAUCUUCAUUCCCCUUUGUUAAUUUUCCCAUCCCUGUACGACUCUCUCUUUCUUGCUCUCUCCACUGCAGCAUUAGACUAUCUCCCCAUACAGGAAGUGUUGUCCGUGCAAAGGAUCUGUUCCUCGGUGCCUCAGGCAGUGCUCUAAUGGAGUCCAGGUCUCGAGAGAGACUGGGAAAGGGAUCAGGAGUGGGGGGAAAUGGAUGAGUAGACUAUAUGCUCUUACGACCAUAUUAGUGCUGAUUUGGUUGGAGGAAUGGGUUUGCGAGUAGCAUCCGUCAAACUAAACUGUGUUUAUUCCGAUCGUGCCUUGCUUUGUCAUCAUCGCUAGCUCUGUCACCUAUAAUUUUUUUAUGAAAUGUGGCAUUGAUGAGGACAGGCCGGAAAUGGAAGGGACCUAAGCAUCGGCCCUGUGGGACACCGUAUGUAUGGCCUCUCAUUUUCUAAGCCGCUUGGACUUCGGCUCCAGUAAAGAUAACACACUAGAGGAGUGGAAUUCUUUUUUAUAUAAUGCUGAUGGUUGGACAAAUAUCACUCCUCAUAAUUUUAGUGCUGAAGCUUGUCAUUAGGAAUAAUACUUGCACCAGCACAUUGUCACAUGGUAAUACUCUCUCAACAAUAACGUCUUUAGGACUCAAACAAUACACAUCUCUGAUUUACUGAUGUUCUGCGACAUUUUCAAUCUCUGCUUCUUUUGAAGGGAAUAUAAAAGACAGAUUGAUCUGCGAGAGUGUAAGUGGAUGUUUACAGCUUGUGACUGUCUGUUUAGACAGGCUUUUUCACAGUAGUUUGACUGAAAACAAAUUGUAGUUUUCAUUUCUGUUGGUAUUAAUUAUAGUCUUUAAAAUGGCUUUUGUCUGCUGCAUUUUACUGUCCUAAGACCCAUUCAGAGGGGGCUGUAUGGUUGUUCUCUAGUUUGAUUGUGUUGGCUAUGGAGUUGUUCAUUACUGGAAGUUGAUGGGACUUAAACAGUCAGCCAACAAUGGGCAUUUUUCAGAUCAACUUAUAUAUGAUGUCUUAAAAAAUGUAACCGUCAACUUUUUUAACACUUGAUGAGAAAGUCAGUGCGUAGCUUAAGAGAUGUUUCUGGCUUCAUCCAACAUUCUAACCUGUAUUUUCAUUGUCUUCCUAGUCUUGCUUAUCUAAAGGUCAGGGGCUUUGCUAGCACUCAAAAACAAAAAGGCAUACUGUAUAAAUGUAAACACAGUGUCCUUAUCUGAUGCAGCCAUAACCUUUUAAAAAGCAGUCCUGCAGAGCUUAACACUGCACAUCACUCAGACUUUAGUGUAUGGAUUCCUUUCUCUGAUCAGCUUGGCUCCUGCAAUUUUAACAGUAUUCUUAGCUUAUAUGCCGGUCAGGCCUAAGGCUGGUGGAAUGGUACCUAUUUUUAACAGUAGCCUAAAGCUGAGAAUGCUUGUUUAAAUCUUGAUAGUCCCUUAAAAGACUAAACUGUCCUUUAAUGAAGCGUUGGAAUGCUCUGAUCACUUAUUAUUGAACCCUCUCCCUGAGUUAACUGGAACCCACCGCUACAAGCAAGUGUGAACUUCAUGCUCUUUUGGCCACUACAUGCUGUUUUAGGUUUAGCUGGCAUCCAUCUCUUAGAUGAUCUUUCUUACACCCAUGCACUCUCUUUCAUUCCUCUACUCAUUAUGUAGGCAAGUGGGCCAUGUAUGAGGGCAAGUCCAGGCAUAUCCUCAUCUAUUAUUGACUGUGUUCUGACACAAAGGGUAGGAUGAAGUCUUCAAGCCUGCAGGCUACAUGCUAGCCUUGCUUUGGCUUGAUGGACUGUAUCAUGUCUUAAACAAACAUGGUCAUGGGUGUGGUUGUAUCUCACUUCUGAGUGGUGGAUGCUGGAACAUCUUGCUUUUGCCAUCUGUUGGAUGAUACCUUAGCAGUGGUCCCAUUUUUUUUUUCUUUCAAGAUUGUAUGUCGUCCCAUUAUUUUUGGUGUCAGAAGGCCCCCUCAUCUACUAUGCACCCUCAAUGCCCACUUUUUUUUUAAUUCAUACAGAUCCAGACUUUAUAGUGGACAAAGGAGGAUUGCAAGGUUUUAGGUUGGCAUUUGAGACGGGACCUUGUCUUACUUGAACAUGCAAGUAGCCAGUAGUGUAAUGCAAUUUGCAUAUGGACAUUUUCAUUUGGUCUAUCAGAAAAGUGUUUCAUUUCUAUUUCAAAUUAUAUUUGUCAAAUUUAUGAAUCUGAGCAGUCAUUUGACAAGAAGUGUUUAGAAUUGCAGAUGGACAUGAACAGUUAUUUAGAGCUUGAAUGUCUGAUUGAAGUGCUUUAAUUUUUAUUAGUUAAUUUUGUAUCAACUAUACUAGCCAUCUGUUCGCAUGUUUGUGAUGUCUAUGAUUUGUUUGUUGCUGCAUUAGUUCUUCAGGGGAAAAACAGACUGAUUUGGCUCUCAUCUUAAGCUGUUGUAAAUUUCAUUUCAUUUUAUAGCACUGAUAGCAUGCUGAACAUGGAAAGAGACAGCAAUACAUGGAAUUACACAGCUGGGACAGAUCAAGCAGAUGUGGCUCUUGCGCUGGCGGCAACGUGGUGAGGUCCAGGUUGGGCGAACCUGAAAACUACACUAUUUCUGUGUAAGAGUGCCCCUAAAGAAAGGAGAUGGGCUGGAAUAAUACCACCUGCCGCACACCCGUCUAAGUCCACACGGACUCCUCUCCCCCACCCUCAAACCCAUUCCCUUCUUCCCCUUCUAAACAUCUGCCAGAGUUGUGAAUGGCCAAAUGACUGUGGAUUUAAAAUUUGAUCAUUAAAGGGAUUGGACAUACUGGCCCUGCAUGGAAAAAAGAAGAAAAAAAACCCUAAAGUAACUUUCAGGAAUUUUAGAAAUAAAUAAUUUGCCAAGCCUGAAAGAAUUUGGAUGGAACAUCAGCCCAGCAGCUUUCAAACUAGAGCUUCUGGGAAUGGCAAAAUGAGUGCUGUCAUACGAUGAUGAUGGCAAAAAAACAAGAUGCCCGGGCACCAACCUACAAUCUUGUUGUGGUAGGUUUGUCCGGGACUGAAAAGGAAAAGGGGCAGUGUGGGAUAGGAAAGUCCUGCCUUUGUAAUCGCUUUGUUCGCCCCAGUGCUGAUGAUUUUUAUUUGGACCACACAUCUGUUUUAAGCACAAGUGACUUUGGUGGUAGAGUGGUAAACAAUGACCACUUCCUGUUUUGGGGUGAGGCGGUACGAAUGUUGGAGGAGGGUGCUGAGUGCCGAAUGCAUGUGGUGGAACAGACCGAGUUCAUUGAUGACCAAACGUUUCAGCCACAUCGAAGUACUGCCUUACAGCCCUAUAUCAAGCGGGCAGCUUCCACCAAACUAGCCUCUGCUGAGAAGCUUAUGUAUUUCUGCACAGAUCAGCUAGGACUAGAGCAAGACUUUGAGCAGAAGCAAAUGCCUGAAGGCAAGCUUUUAGUGGAUGGAUUCUUACUCUGUGUAGAUGUGAGCAGGGGAAUGAACCGAAAUUUUGAUGACCAGAUCAAGUUUGUCACCAAUCUCUAUAACCAGCUAGCUAAAACCAAGAAGCCAGUUGUACUUGUGCUGACCAAGUGUGAUGAAGGAGUUGAACGGUACAUCAAAGACUCUCACACCUUUGCCUUGGCCAAGAAGAAUUUGCAGGUUGUUGAAACCUCAGCACGCUCUAACGUUAAUGUUGACCUUGCCUUUCUUACCUUGGUGCAGUUGAUAGAUAAGAGUAGAGGAAAGCCCAAGAUCAUUCCAUACUUUGAAGCGCUCAAGCAGCAGAGUCAGCAGAUAGCAUCCUCUAAGGACCGCUACGAGUGGCUGGUAAACCGCAUUGUGAAAAACCAUAAUGAAACAUGGCCCAACAUCAACCGCAGAAUGCAGACAUCCCCUGAAUACAAAGAGUAUGUCUUCCUCGAGGGUACUUCCAAGGCCAAGAAACUAUUCCAGCAGCAUGUGCACAGACUCAAGCAAGAGCAUAUAGAAAAGCGGCGUAAAAUCUAUCUCAGCACACUCCCACAGGCUCUCAAUUCCUUGGUUCCAGACCUGGACGAGGUUGAUCACCUGAGCUGGUCAGGAGUACAGAAAGUUCUCGAGACUAAGCGGGAAUUCUCCCACUGGUUUGUAGUGCUGGAUGACACACCUUGGGAAACUACACCACACAUUGACAACAUGGAGGAUGAACGCAUUCCCCAGGAUCUUUUGGAAACCCCUGCAGCAGAGCAAAUCUAUGAGGCUCACUUAGAACAUCUGCGCAAUGAGCGAAAGCGGGCAGAAAUGCAAUGGGAGUUCAAAGAGAAACUUGCAUCUUCUCCGUUUGUUACUCCUGGCAAACCCUGGGAGGAAGCUCGUAGUUUCAUCAUGAAUGAGGAGUUCUAUCAGUGGCUGGAGGAGCCUGAGUACCUUGAUAUCUAUAACAAAUACCAGAAGAUUAUUAUUGACCAAGCCAAGGAGGACUUCCAAGAACUUUUACUGGAGUACUCGGAGUUGUUCUAUGAGCUUGAAGUUGAUGCUAAGCCCAGUAAAGAAAAAAUGGGUGCUAUCCAGGAGGUUCUUGGAGAGGAGCAGAGGUUCAAGGCCCUGCAAAAGCUUCAAGCUGAGAGAGAUGCCCUAGUGCUCAAGCAUAUCCAUUUUGUCUACCACCCUACUAAGGAAACCUGUCCUAGCAGUCCUCAUUGUGUGGAUGGCAAAAUUGAGCAACUCUUAGCUCUUCGUUUUCCCACUCGAUAUUGCUUUGAUGGGAGCUCAAAAUCACAAUUUGGUGAGGGAAAGGUAGACAGAAUUAAUCUUGUAAUCCUUGGCAAAGAUGGACUUGCAAGAGAGUUAGCUAAUGAGAUCAGAGCCCUGUGCACCAAUGAUGAACGGUACGUGCUAGAUGGAAGGAAUUAUGAACUGGCUCUUCGACCUAUAGAGGGAAAUGUACGCCUUCCAGUGAACUCCUUCCAUACCCCCACUUUUGCCCCACACGGUUGCCUCUGCCUCUACAACUCAAAGGAAUCCUUAUCCUAUGUUGUUGAUAGUAUUGAGAAAUUACGAGAGUCAACCAUAGGUCGAAGGGAUACCAAUCUAGUUCAGUUUCCCUUGUCUCUUCUAUUGGUCACCAAAAGAGGUGUUGGUUCAAUUUCUGACAUUGGAGGUGAAACGGCACAAAGCCUGAUCCAACAAGGUCAACAAGUGGCUGGCAAAUUUCAGUGCAGUUAUUUAGAGCCUGCUUCUCCAGGUGUGGGCUAUGGUCGCAAUAUAAAUGAAAAACAUUUAAACCAGAUACUCAAAGGUCUGUUAGACACACGAAGACCCUCAGUUAGUCUUGGCAGUAGCCCCCCACCUUCGCUGCCUGCAUUUGCAGGUUACAGAGACUCUCAGCAGAGCACAGAGGGUGACUUGCGAAUCGUAAUGUGUCUCAUGUGUGGAGAUACUUAUGAUGUUGACCAGCUUCUUUCACCAUUCUUGCUGCCCCAGCACUGUCGGCCCUCUUCCAGUCUGUCCAGUGGAACAUCAGUUUUGUUGGAUUUAUCUAUUGGUGGCCAAAGGCAAAGCAUUGAUCUUGCUGUUCUAUCUUACCACUCAUCUUUUUCCUUACGUAAAAGCAGAUUAGUGCAUGGUUACAUAGCAGUGUACUCAGCCAAACGGAAGGCUUCCAUGGAAACCCUUUGUGCCUUCCUUUGUGAGGUCCAAGAUAUUAUUCCAGUGCAGUUGCUUGCUGUUGGAGAGACUCAAUCAGAACUUGCAGACUCUGAGGCAGUCCGGGAGCAGCUUGGCCAAGGGGAGGAACUGGCCCAUGAAAUUGACGCCCGUUUCAACUCAGUAAUUUGUGGACCUGGUGGGGUGGUGGGAGGCUUGCAUCGGAUAGACCACUUCCAGCCAUUCUUUAAGGAGGUAGUGGAGAAGAAAACCAUUGUAGAGGCAACAUAUAUGUAUGACAAUGUUGCAGACAAUGUCACUAAUGAAAAUGUUUCUUCACCUCGAUGUGGCUCCCCAAGCAUCACAUUGCUGGACUCAGAGGAUGACAUCGAGCCCUCCCCACCUUAUCCCACCCUAAGGGAAGAUGGCACUUUGGCCCAUGGUGGAGGUUUCAAGCUCCCAGAUAUGGAGGGUGAUGCCUUCCCGCUCAUUUCUGACAUGACAACUUUUGAAAACAAGCUUAACAAUAAAGUCCCACCUCAGGUGCGACCAAAGCCCAAUGUCACCUUUGACAUUCCCAAACCCUCAAACAUCAGUUCAUACAUGGACCUGAGCCUACAUGGACCUAACAGGCGCUCAUUACCGUCAGUCACCUGGCCACCAGCAACUGAAGGUGGUUAUGAUCCAUCUGACUAUGCUGAGCCCAUGGAUGCAGUAGCAAAGCCCCGUCCCACAGAGGAGGAAAAUAUUUAUUCUGUACCACAUGACAGCACACAGGGCAAGAUCAUCACUAUUCGCAAUGCAAACAAGAGCCAUUCUAAUGGUGCAGGAAAUGGGUCAGACAGUGAGGCUGAUAGCAGUUCAUUGGAACGUAGACGGAAACUAUCUGCUCUUGGAGUGAAGCCUCGGCUGUAUCGUGAUCGCUCCAAACGUCUUGGAAAGUUCAGCAGCUACCGCACAAGCUUCAUUGGCAGUGAUGAUGAACUUGGAGGUCUCUCCAAGACUAAAGAGGAUGAGCUUGCUGCACAGAAAGGGGACAUUUCCUUGAAUGAAGAAGGCGAGGACCCAAAGAGGAGGAAUAUCUUGAGAAGUCUGAGAAGAAAUACCAAGCAGAAAACGCGGCAAAAGGCUCGUCAGUCAUCGUUGUCCAAACCUCUGGAAAGUAACUACUUCGGUGUUCCCUUGGCCAACGUGGUCACACCAGAGCGGCCCAUUCCACUCUUCAUCGAAAAGUGCAUCCGUUACAUUGAGGCUACAGGGUUGAGCACAGAGGGGAUCUACAGGGUGAGUGGAAAUAAGGCCGAGAUGGAAAGCAUGCAGCGGCAGUUUGACCAGGACCCUAACAUUGACCUGAUCGAGAAGGACAUGUCUGUGAACACGGUGGCAGGAGCGAUGAAGAGCUUCUUCUCAGAGCUGCCCGAUCCUCUGGUACCAUACAGCAUGCAGACGGAGCUGGUGGAGGCCUUCAAAAUCAAUGAUCGAGAGCAGCGCCUCCACACCAUGAAGGACGUGCUCCGCAGGUUCCCUCGAGAAAACUACGAGGUCUUCAAAUACGUCAUCACUCACCUGAACAAGGUGAGUCAAAACAGCCGCCUGAACCUGAUGACCAGCGAGAACUUGUCCAUUUGUUUCUGGCCGACACUAAUGCGGCCAGAUUUCACCACCAUGGACGCGCUGACAGCCACACGCACCUACCAGACAGUCAUCGAGACCUUUAUCCACCAGUGUGCUUUCUUCUUCUACAAUCAGCCUUUGGCCGACACACCCAGUGGCUUGCACGGACAGCCCGCCUCGCCUACCACCGCCUUGUCUUCUGCGUCCUCCAUACAAGGCUCCGCCUACUCCGCCUGUUACGCCCCAUUACAACCUAUAGCCCCGCCCUUCGGCACCGCCCAACAAUCCCCGCCCCAUUCUCCACCCCCAAUCCAGACCCUGCUAUCUUCGCUCCACCCCCAUCACACCCCUACGGAGCAACACACGCUGUGAAGCUGUAGACGAGGAGGAGAACUUUGGGAGCACUGAAAGAGAUUAAUCGAAUGGAAGAAACUUCCGAGGAGAUUGCACGGCCGUGCCUGACUUAUCACAAGCAGCAGAGGAACGAGAAAGAAAGAGGUCAAGAGUACAUGAGCUAUGUCAACCACACUUCAUCGCCCUCUUUCUGCAUCAUGCUCCUCUAUAAAUUGCUCUGUUCUUGGCCCUUUACGCUCCUCACGCACAUUCAGACAACUGCAGAUUAAGUGUGGGAACCCUAAACCCAGAUCUCUGAUGGGUCAAUCUGACGUAGUUGUCGCACUCUUGCUGUUCCAGCGUUGUCUUAGUCAAUCGGCGACCAAUGGGAGAUUGGAUGUAUGAAGUCCACCUCAUACUCGGGUGGCCACUGUACGCAAUCUCCUAGAAAUAAGGUUAAGCGGGCCAACAGGGUGGCCUAUAUAUUCACCAGAUUUUUGUUGUAACUUUCGACCAUUGUUAUAAAUUACGAAAAAUAAAUGCUUUUUUCCAACGCAGCAACAUGACCAUAUUCCUCCCCCUUAUUUAUCCUGAAACCGCUUUUUAAAGAGAGACACAAAUCAAAAGACAAAACUAGAACUUGUGUGUGGGAGGAUGUGUGUGGCACAGCAUUCUGGGAUUUGAAGUCUUUUCCUCCCCUUUAUCCCCGUCACAUGAGCCUCCAGAACAUGCUGGAAGACUAAUGCUUCUUUUAUUGCAGAAUGUCCUCACAAAGCACUCAACCCUCGGUUUCCUGCUCCACGAGGAUCUUGUGAUCGGUGUCUGUUCAUUUAUUAUUCUUAUUACACGUUUGUAGGAAGUUUCCUCAUGUUAGAUCCGUGGACUAUUUUUUGCGCACAUGAUUGGUGAACCAGUAAGUGAUGAGUUCUAAGGGAUGGGUUGGGUUGUGGUCCUCCUGCAUUUUAGAGGAGAGGUAUGCACUAAAUCAAGAGUUACCUCACAGUUCUGGAAGGUAAAGGAAGUUUGCACUAGAGGAGACGCUGUGCUGUAUCUAUUCGGAUGGCAUUGAAUCAGUGAGCUGUGGAAGCCUAGAAGAUGAGAGUGAAGAUAGUGGCAUAGCUGUUAACGGCAUUCGGAAAAGAUAAAGUCUUCAAUGUGUUUGAAAACAGCAUGUGGUGCGUUAUCAGAGUGAGAAUAUGAGCUUUUUGUCAAGACUGACUAAAUGUCUCUACUUCGGAGUUGACCUCAGAAGGAUGACAUUGUUUAUAAAAUGCCAGACGUUUUAAAAAGAUUAGGAGAAGAAAACUUUGGAAACGGGAAAGGUAAUGUGGUAGCUUGUGAGCAGACUUCCGUUUGUGGGCUCUUGGAGCGCCACCCUGUGGACAAAGCAGGUAUUGCAUGUUGAAACUCAACUCGUAUUCACGCUAAUGUUACAUUUUUGUUUUUCUAGAAAAUGCUGGAUGCAUUCACAAUCACGUGGUUUAAAUAAAAAAACUGACAUUUAGCUUUCAAGUUUAUAUCAGUGUUCCCAGGGCUUAUACUUCAUAAGUUUACUUACUCCAGAUUAGAUAAUGGAUCAUUUUCUGUGGCUUGUGUGUUUAUUUGAACUCAAAAAAAGUCAGUUUGUUGUGAGCCGUGGUUUUCAAGCAGGCAGACGCUGUGAAACUGUUUAUGGAGAAAAAUGAAUGUAUCCUACAGCAGAUUUCAUUUCAUUUUUGUGCAUAUCUCUCCCUAGAAUACAUUGUGAACCACACCUGCCCUGUCCCUCUUUAACUUCAAUCCACAUCUACUCUGACUUCUGAUUGGCUGUGAUGAUCUGCAACUCUUUAACCGUUCUUGCUUAAACACUUUUUGCCCUCAGAGAGCAGGAGUAAUGGUAUAUUUUGGGAAAUCGGGAGCUGUGUGGCCUAUACGGCCCUGGUACUUUGUAUGAAUGCUGCAUUCUCUAUGUAUUUUCAAUGUAUUCUUUCAGAGCCGACUGUCCUUCGCAGCCAAAGACUGUGCAAAAAAAAAAAAAAAAAAAUAAUAAAAAUGGGCAGGGGAAGACGACUAAAAGUGACCUGACAAACGUGUAUUAAAAAUGUGACAUUGUUUCAGCAAUCCUAUUUGGCUGCAUCACUUUUUUUCUUUUUUUUUCUUUUUCUUUUUUCAACAUUGGUGACAGAUUGUCUGUUAAGUUAAAGGAGAAAGGAGCAAAACUAUAUUCAGAAUUGUUGUUUAUUUGUACGUUAGGGGGUCUGACACUUUGCCCUGUAGUCAAUGGUGAUAGAAAAGGUGUUCUUUUUAUGUUUUAUUUUAAUAAUUAAAAAAUGAGAAGGCAUUUAAGUCUUUUUUUUUUUUUUUUUUUUUUUUUUUUUGUGAAUGGUGUAAAGGCCACGUUGAUGUAGUGCAUGAUUGAAGACCAGGUCAGGGAGAGAGGUCUGCCACUCUCAGUAUUAAAAAAGGAAGAAAAAAUGAACAAAGAAAAAAAUAGAAAUAAAAUGAAGUUACAUCCACAAAAAUACAUGUCAUUAUUUGCCAAGAAGUUGGUAAUUAGUCUUAAUGGGAAUGGUGUAUAAACAGUAAGGCCUUCUGUGACCUGUAUUAUAGUUAAUAAAAUCAAUCUUGUAAAA